AUGUUAGGCUUGGAUGUAUCUUCCAAACGGAAAAGGAAGCCCGAUGACUAUCCUUAUCAUCUCGACUACAGAACUCGCUGGUCGGACAAUGAUGUCUACCAUCAUAUGAACAAUAGCAUAUACUCCUUCUUGAUUGACUCAAUAGUCAACGCCUACUUGAUAGAGAGGUGCGGUAUGGACCCUGCAACUUCGAAGCAAGUUGGCUUAGUGGUCAGCACGUAUUGUGACUACUUUGGAUCCGUCAGCUAUCCAUCAGUGCUGGAUCUGGGACUGAGGGUCGUCAAGUUGGGCAAGUCUAGUGUCAUGUAUGAAGUGGGAGUCUUUGAGCAAGGUGAUAAGCAAGUGAAAGCUGUUGGAGGCUCAGUCCAUGUCUUUGUGGAAUCCAAAGGACGACGACCAGCGAGGGACGGAAUGGAACUUAGUAUGAGGGAAGGACUGGCACAGAUUCUCGAGCAGGAGAAGGGUGCACCCAAAUUAUGA